UCUAUACCACUGGUUUAAAUGCUCAACAGCUCCCCAAGUCUAAUUAUCUUUUUUUUAUCAGUAAGAUCACUCUAUAUGGAUCCUGAGACUUAUGGGGCAGUAGUUAUGGGUAAGGUUCAAGACUUUGAAGAAAUUAUGCAGGAGAAUGAAAUUCCUGUUCUUGAUCAGGUCACGUUCCAGGGGAAUACGAUUCUGCACCUUGCUGCUAUUUAUGGUUAUGAACACUUAGUGCGGCGUAUCCUUGACCAUGAGCUACACGUUCUUAGGGGUUGGAACCCUAACUUAAAUGGCAACUUCGUCCCAGAUUUCUCUCAUUACCAGACUCUUCUGGUGAGACAAAACUACAAGGGAGACCUUGCUCUCCAUUUAGCAGCUGCUGCAGGACACGAGCUCAUAGUUGACCUUCUUGUUGAAUCCCUAAGGCGGCUUCCACAAGAUAGAGCUAUGGUGGUUGGAUCAGAGCAUAUGGUAAUUGGGAAUAUUUUCAGAGUUUCCAACAAUGAUGGGGAUACCGCAUUGCACCUCGCCUUGAAAGGAAACCAUGUAUCUGUUUCUUUGCAACUUGUUCGUGAAGAUCGAAGCACUUGCUUUCUUCUAGACAAGGAGGAUAUAUCUCCAUUGUAUAUGGCGGCUGAAGCUGGACAUGAUGCACUUGUGGAGCAUAUGUUACAGGGUUUGGAUGCAAGUUUUGUUGGGAAGUCAGUUUUGUGUGCUGCAGUAAAAGGCCAGAACCUUGAUAUAUUGACAGCUGUAUUGGAGAGUGACUCAGAUCUGAUAGACUCAAGGGAUGAAGAUGGAUUAACUCCACUUUCCUUUGCAGCAUCCAUUGGAUAUGACAUUGGAGUGCAGCAUAUGCUAACCAGAUUUGCAAGUUCUACACAGGUUGCUUACGUUAAGAAUGAAGAUGGUUCUUUCCCCAUUCACUCAGCCUGCAGUGCUAGUUCCACCUCAGCUCUCAAGGUGAUCUUGGAACACCACCCAGACACAAUAGAGAUGCUUAACUCACAGGGUCAAAACGUUCUUCAUGUCGCUGCUGAAAGUGGGAAUGCAGGAGCUGCUGGCUAUUUGUUCAGAAAAGUUGACAUCAAAAGGUUAAUCAAUGAACAAGACGUAGAAGGAAACACACCGUUACAUUUAGCCAGCAUAAAUUCUCAUCCCAAUAUUGUAAGUCUCUUCAUACAUGAUAGUAGAGUUGACUUGAAAAUAAUGAAUUACAAAGGGUUCACCGCUCUAGAUGCAGCUGAGGACCAUAUGGCGGCAAUUCCUUCACUCCAAGAGUGGUUGAUAUGGAUGGCAUUGGUGUCCGCUGGUACAACUAGAGCUCCACGAGUUCAUCACACUCCUAGUCUUACAACAGACGAGGACUUAAUCCUAAAACUUCACAAGGAUAGAGUAAACACUCUCCUUGUGGUGGCAACACUAGUAGCUACAAUGGCUUUUGCUGCAGGCUUGAGUGUGCCACUAGGUUACAACAGCACAGAGUUCAAGUCAAACGUCAAACAUUCUUACCAAGAAUCUGCAUUUCAUGCUUUUGUCAUCUGCAAUAGCGUUGCUGUCUAUAGUGCUGUCAUAUCAACAGUUUCUCUUAUAGGGACACAAUUGGCUGACCUAAAAUGCAUGCUGACCACCUUCAAGUUUAUUGUGCCACUUCUGGGGUUUUCCAUUAUCGCCAUGUCUUUGGCUUUUGUUGCAGGCUUAUACUUGGUCUUAGGACAGCAUUAUUGGCUUGCCAUAUUUAUCUUGGCCUCAGGCGGCUUCUAUCUCAUGGCUCUACUUCUGCUCAUCAUCCCUUACGCUUCGCCUUAUACCUUUAGUCCCCUACUUUUCCGCUACUUCUUGCGGUUUCCCUUUUCCAUGCUGGUUUUCUUUGCAUACUGGAGGGAUGGCACUGAUGGGGGAUGCUCGUCGCGAGUUUUCCGUUGGCCAUUUCUUGGUUAAAGAUCAAGACUUGAAAAUCCAUGAAUUCCCUUUGUCUCAUGAUGUUCUACCUUUGAGUUUGAACCAUACAGUGCUGGUCGCAUGUGAAUUGGUUCAGGAAGUUUUUCCUUACAAACACAUUGUAUCUUGUUUCCUAAAUUCCACAUGAGUACUUUCAACAUUUUUUUACAGUGCUGUUUAUUCUUUUA